UAAGCAGAAGUGCAUCCCUGUCACAGCUGGUUACUUGGCAUUUAUACCUGUAUACGCUGUAAGUGCUUCUCGGUUGAAUCGCUCCCAUCGAGCCAUGUUCCCUAUCAGCAUUCCGCCACCAGCAUGCCUGCUCCAGCCGUUCGAGGUUCCCCAUCGUCACAUGUUCGGACCGGGGCCGUCCGACGUCCCUCCUCGCGUGCUAGCAGCUGGAGCAAGACCAAUUAUCGGCCAUAUGCACAAAGAAAUGUUCGAGAUUAUGGAUCACAUUAAGAAGGGAAUCCAGUAUGCAUUCCAGACACAGAACAACAUGACUAUCGCCGUGAGUGGUUCAGGCCACACGGCCAUGGAAUGUGCCAUCUUCAACACUGUGGAGCCUGGCGAGAGUGUCCUUAUGGCAGUCAAUGGAAUAUGGGGUGAAAGGGCAUCUGAAAUCGCUGAGAGGAUUGGUGCUAAAGUGAACACCAUAACUGCAGCUCCUGGUAGUUUUCUCACCAAUGAAGUAAUUGAAGAGGCCCUGGCCAAACAUAAGCCGGUUAUCUUCUUCCUCACACAUGGAGAGUCAUCCUCAGGGGUUAUUCAUCCCAUUGAUGGCAUUGGGGACCUGUGUCUCAAGCACAACUGUUUGUUCUUAGUAGACGCUGUGGCAUCUCUGGGUGGUGCACCCCUAUACAUGGACAAACAGGGCAUUGACAUCAUGUACACAGGCUCCCAGAAGGCCUUAAAUUCUCCACCUGGGACCGCACCCAUCUCCUUCAGUGAGCGUGCAUGUAAAAAGAUGUUCAACAGGAAAACAAAGCCAGUGUCCUACUUCCUGGACAUGACCUGGCUGGCUAACUACUGGGGCUGUGAUGGCAAACCAGCAAGAAUGUACCACCACACAGGGCCUGUAUCUGGAUUCUUCUCCCUGAGGGAGAGUUUGGCCAUACUUUCAGAGAUGGGACUGGAAGACUCAUGGAGACGGCACAAGGAGGUGGCUGAGCACCUGCACAAGGGCCUGGAGGAUCUGGGGCUUAAGCUGUUUGUAGAUGACAAGAACGCAAGGCUGCCGACAGUCACCACCAUCGUGGUUCCUGGAGGAUACGACUGGAAGGAGAUUGUUGCCUAUGCCAUGAAACACCACCAGAUAGAAAUUUCUGGAGGCCUGGGGCCCUCUGCAGGCAAGGUCUUGCGCGUUGGGCUGAUGGGAUGCAACAGCAGCAAAGCCAAUGCAGACAUGGUGCUGGCUGCCCUGGGCGAUGCCCUCAAAUCCUGCCACAAGAGCAAGGUCUAGUCAGGCUCUCUGGGAUUCAAGCGUCUGUCAUUCCUAGCACAAACGGGAUAUGAAACCUGAACAGAGGAUAUAACUAACAGUGCAAAAAUAUACAUAUUGAAAAAUGGUUUUGGUCUGCAAGUGCCUUUGGUUCCAAACCGUACCAAUGCAUUACAGACACCAAGUCCUUCAACAGAGCAAUGAACAGGCCUGGAGGACCAUAGGACAAUGAAAAUGUGAUCAGAAGCACAUUUGAGGCAAAUGGCUGCAAAUACAGGGAACAUUGACUAAACUAUAAGUAGCCAAUUUAUCAAUUUCAUGUCUGUAAACACUAUACAAUGAAUUGAUAUACAUCUCAUCUCAAGUAGUCCUACACACUUCUCAAGUAUCAAUGUUUCUCAUGCAUUUCCACAGUCACAGAUUGUCACUUACUCAGAUGAAUGCAAUUACGUUUGGCUCACAUUGUGUUUAACAAUAGAGUCCUUCAUUUAACAAUAGUUUGUUAUUUCUAAUUGUGUAGUCUGUUACACAAAUUAUAAAGUGCUUGUUUAGUUUU